AUGACGCUUACUCCUUUCAACACACAGGAUAAAACAUGCAUCGUACAAGCCGCUAUGAAUAUACAAAAAUUACUGACACAAGUUGAGAACAAAGUCAGUCAGCUAGAAAAAGAGAAUGUAGUGUUAGCAGCUAGAAUAGAAAACAGCCAGCCAAAGUGUACACGCACGGAUUCUAGUGGAAAGUCAGUAAGUACAACCAAAGAACCAAUAAGCAAAGUGGAAGAACCAUGGACGACUCCACCAGAAAAUCGGAAAUCUGAGUCAAUCAUAAGAGUGGAAAAAACAGAAAAUCCUAGGGUGGUCCUAAGUAGACUUAAACAAGAGUUUACGCAAAAGGAUACUGAAGGAGGCUUCAAAAAUAUUAGACAAUUACAAUCAGGGGCAGUAAUAGUAGAAAGUCACACUGCAAGCCAAAAACAGAAACUGAAAAAUAUAUUGAAAGAUAAGAACGACAUAACAAUCAAAACAUCAGAUGGAAUCGACCCUAUGUUCUUGAUCACAGGAACUGAAAAAGGAUAUGAGGCAAAAGAAUUCAUAGAUGAGCUCAUAAAGCUGAAUAAUGAAAUUGAAGCUGAAUUAAACUAUAGUAUUACAGAUAAAAUCAAGGUCGUUACAAAGAAGAACUGCCGUAAUCCACAUAAAGAAAACUGGAUUUUACAAGCACCGCCCGAAAUUGCUAAGUGGUUCUUAAAACGUGGUCAGAUAAACUUCGAUUUGCCAGGAUUUUCAAACAUAAACAGGGAACAAAUUGAUGCUGUUGAGUCUGACACCUAUGGCUCUUUCAAGCAUAUGGAGGAAUACAACAGAAUAGCUCUACUCCAUCAAAACGUCCAGUCGCUUGGAAACUCAAUAAAUGAGGUAAACCAGAUGAUAGCAAAUAAUAGUGACUGUAAAUUCAUUUGCAUCACUGAACACUGGAAGGGUCAAGACCAAAGUAUCAACUAUGGAAUUAGGAACUUCAAUUUAGCAUCGUGUUUUUACAGAAAACAAGGGAAGCAUGGUGGGAGUGCAGUUUAUGUGAGGGUGGGAGUUCAGUGCUCGAAAAGGUCAGAUAUAAAAUAAUUAUCUGUGGAAGGUUCGCUGGAGUGUGCUGCAGUAAAAGGUUCCUUAUAUGGAUUGAAUUUCAUAAUGUUGACAAUAUAUAGACCACCGUCUGGUAAUAUGCAUGUGUUUUUAGAAAAUAUGGAACGAAUUC